ACACAAAAUUUAGUAUGUUUAACAUUGUUAAUCUAACGUCAACGUCCUCCUAUAUUAAUCAUUUCUCAUCCGAGACGUGCAAAUGUUUUGUGUAUAGUACCAAUUCACUGAGAUUUUGAAAUUGAUUGUCGUCAAGUUACGCUCAUCUGCAACUUCGUAUGCUGAAAAAAUAUUGGCAUAACAUCAGCAAUACAGAGCCAUCGAACAGCGACGAAACAACCAGGUUAUUUAUGGAUGCCCAUGUAGGUGAACCGUCCCGAUCAUCAGAUAUUGGUAUCAAUCCAUCAGGAAAACGGAGGCGUUUAGUUCAACCAGUAGGUGGCUAUGGGGCAACCGAUAGUGCUGGCGCAUCGAGUCAAAUUCCGAAUGCGGUGAUAAGAGAUGGUCACGGUGACGGAAGAAACAUGCAUCCGGAUGGUACGGAUGGUGUGUUGCGAACAAAUGAACAAGAACAGUACGAUGAUGAAGAAGAGGGACUGAAGUAUGGAGCCCAGCAUGUCAUUAAACUGUUUACUCCAGUUUCGUUGUGUAUGCUGGUUGUUGUCGCUACCAUCAAUUCGGUCAACUUUUACAAUGUGAAAGAUGUUUAUUUGUUGUACACUCCGUUUCAUGAGAAAUCAUCCGAUACCGGAACUAAGAUAUGGAACGCUCUAGCGAAUUCCUUAAUUUUAAUGGUUGUGAUAGUGCUGAUGACAAUAUUGUUGAUUGUUUUGUAUAAGAAACGAUGCUAUAAGGUCAUACACGGCUGGUUGAUACUGUCUUCCUUUAUGUUGCUCUUUUUCUUCAGCUACCUGUAUUUGGAGGAGCUGCUACGCGCCUACAACAUUCCAAUGGAUUAUUUUACCGCAUUGCUGAUAAUGUGGAAUUUCGGAGUUGCUGGUAUGAUGUCGAUACAUUGGCACGGUCCAUUACGACUGCAACAAGCUUAUUUGAUAUUUGUCGCUGCACUGAUGGCAUUGGUGUUCAUCAAAUAUUUACCUGAAUGGACUACUUGGGUUGUUCUCGCUGUUAUAUCUAUUUGGGACUUGGUUGCUGUACUAUCACCUCGUGGACCUCUUCGGAUUCUAGUUGAAACAGCACAGGAACGUAAUGAGCAGAUAUUUCCAGCGCUCAUCUAUUCAUCGACCAUUAUGUACUCAUACAUGGGUACAGGUCAUCCAGAUGCUGUAACUAACAGAAAUGACGUACAAGAAUCAGGACCAUCACCAUCCCAACAAGAACAACAACCACAACAACAGAACGCUGGAGAAGGUACGCCUCUUGUGAGAUAUUUUGCGAACAGAGACGAUACGGCGGCUGGUUUCACCGACGAAUGGGCAGCUUCAAAUGGUCCACGUUCCGAACGUCGUCAAGUUGAAGUGCAAGCAAAUACCACAGGCGAUCAAAAUCGACCAGCUCAAUAUCGCACUGUAACAACGCAACCACAACCGGUACAAAACUAUGAACCAGAACCUGAAGAACGUGGCAUUAAACUCGGGCUCGGUGAUUUCAUUUUCUAUUCAGUGCUAGUCGGUAAGGCGUCAAGUUAUGGUGAUUGGAAUACAACGAUCGCGUGUUUCGUUGCUAUACUAAUUGGACUGUGUCUAACCUUGCUCCUUCUGGCAAUAUGUCGGAAAGCCCUACCAGCAUUGCCUAUUUCAAUAUUUUUUGGACUGAUUUUUUGUUUCGCUACAAAUGCAAUUGCCAAACCAUUUACGGAAAAGCUGGCGGCAGAACAAGCGUUUAUAUAGGAGAAAUUUUUACUUUUCAAUGGAAAAAUUGUCGUCGAUCUCUCGUUCGUAAAAAUGCAAUCAUGAAAUGACUUUUUUCCAUAUUUUAAUGUACUAAGCUUCAUGAACGUAGUAUUUAUAUAAGAAUAUUAAAUCCAACUAAUUUCCCAAUGUG